AAUCCGUGUAGUGAAAGCUACCCAAAGCAUUUUCUUUCUUUUGGGUGCGUUUUGAAGAUGAUUCUUUAUGGUCCCACUUUGUAAUUCUUUAAGAAUUCGAUCGGAUUGAUUAGAAUUAUCGUCGAGUAUGGUUUCAUUUCUUUUCAGACCGUCAGAUUUUCUUCCCCACGUAUCCGUUGCUCUGUUUCCCUCUCUGUCUUUCUCCCUUUCCUUUCAACAUUUUUAGUUGUUUCUUACUGUUUUAUGAGGCAGACCCAGUUCCUUCCGCUGCUUUUCCUUUUCUGAUACCAAGUUUUACAUGUUUCAUACUUGAAUGAACAAUUAUUUGGGGGUUAACUUCCAGGCUGAAUUGGAUCUUUCAGCUUUCUUCCAACUGAACUUUGUUAUUUUGCUAACUAUCCUUUAAAAGUCGUUCGUUUGUGUUUUCGUUAGCUUUUUCCUUUCCCUUCUUCUUCCUUUUUCCCUUCAUUUAUUAUCCCUGCCAAUGGCGUAACUUCUAGAAUUCCGAGUCCUUGAUUUUCUUUUACAGUAUCUAUUGAACUGAAAUGAGUUUUGGAUUCUGGUCCGCUAAAAAUUACAGGGAUGGAAUCAUGCAUAUAUUUUCAUAGUUCUUUAACUUCAUUAGCUUGCUGUUUAAUUCAACUAAUUUUCUCUCUGAAGUUCUAAUCUAACUUUGCUUCAAAAACUUUUUCUUUUUUUCUUAUUAUUAUGUCUUAAAGAGAGUCUUCUUUAGUAUAAGAAAUGGGGUCCGGUAAUGAGUUAUGUUCACAAGAGUUUGAUUUGGAUGCUAAGUGGCUGGUCGAUCCGAAGCAAAUCUUUGUUGGGCCAAGGAUUGGGGAGGGCGCGCAUGGCAAAGUGCACAAGGGAAAAUAUAAAGACCAAAAUGUUGCAAUUAAAAUAAUUCGAAAAGGUGAAGCCCCAGAAGAAAUUGCGAAAACGGAGGCACGCUUUGCUCGGGAGGUCGCUAUGUUAUCCAAAGUUCAACACAAGAAUCUUGCAAAGUUUAUAGGUGCUUGCAAGGAGCCUAUUAUGGUGAUAGUAACUGAGCUUCUUUCAGGCGGAACUUUACGGAAGUACCUGUUGAGUAUAAGGCCAAGGUGCUUGGACUUCAGUGAGGCAGUUGGCUUUGCACUUGAUAUUGCCCGUGCAAUGGACUGCUUACAUUCCCAUGGGAUCAUUCACCGUGACCUCAAACCUGAGAAUUUGAUCUUGACUGCAGAUCACAAAACUGUUAAACUUGCUGAUUUUGGCCUUGCUAGAGAAGAGUCAGUAACAGAGAUGAUGACAGCUGAAACUGGGACUUACAGAUGGAUGGCUCCAGAGCUAUACAGUACAGUCACUCUACGAAAUGGAGAGAAGAAGCAUUACAAUCACAAGGUGGAUGUUUAUAGCUUUGGAAUUGUAUUCUGGGAGAUUAUCCAAAACAAGUUGCCUUUUGAAGGCAUGUCAAAUCUACAAGCCGCAUAUGCGGCUGCUUUUAAGAAUUUACGACCGAGUGCCGAGAACCUCCCAGCGGAUUUGGCACCAAUUGUGACUUCCUGUUGGAAAGAGGAUCCGAAUGAUCGGCCUAACUUCAACCAAAUCAUACAGAUGCUCUUUAAAUGUCUAUCCACCAUUCCACAACCAGAAUAUGUUCCACCACCAACUAUGCACCCACCUGAUAAUGCAGUGCUGCCACCAGAGUCUCCUGGAACAAGUUCUUUGAUGGCAACCACGAGACAUGGCACCGGGGAAGUCAUGAACAGUGAAAUAGGAGAGAAACCGACCGGUUUAUUCUCGUGUUUCGCUGGUAACUGUUACUGAUUCAUCCAGAAAGCACAGUAUUGGAGCUGGAGAUCCUUACAAACCUAACCACAAAUGAAGAUGGAAAAAAAGAAAAGAAAAAAAAAGAAAAAUCAUCUGUAGUUAAUCAAAGAAAAAUAGUGAUUCAGAUUUCAUUAGUAAUAUCUGUUUGAGCUGAUAAUAGAGACAUGGAGAUUCGUAAAAGGGGACUUAGAGACAGUGUGGAGUUGGGGUUGCUGUGAUGUCAACUGUAAGAACAAAGAUUCAUCCAAAUGCCUUCUUCUCCUGUUUGUUCUUCUCUAUUGAGUUUUCCAGACUGAAACACACAUAUUAUGAUGAAGCUAUUUGAUCUGGGUUCAGUUGCAA